AUGGGUGGGGGCCGCCCUCCGCACCCGGGCCCGGGCCUCCCGUCAGCGCUGCCGGUAUCCCCGAGGCCGAGCAUGCAACCGCCGUUGCCGUCGCCGCCGGGCGGGGCUGCGGCGGCGAGCGGCGUAGUGGCGGCGGCGCCUCCGACGGGGGAGAGCCAGACCAGCGCCGCCUUGCGGAACUCCCUCAUGGCGCGGCUGGCCGCUGCCGGAGUUGGCGUUGGAGGCGGUCCCUCGCAGCAGGCGGGGGCGCGAGGAGAAGCGGGAGGAGGAUCGACUUCUGUGCUCGCGAGGCACAGCCCGGCAUCUAGGAUGUUGGCCGGCAACAAGAGCGGCCCACACGGCGUGCCCGCACCAAACUCUGCGGCGGCGGCGGCGGCGGCCGCUCUUCCGAGACCGAGGCAGACGGUGUUCGCGGAGAACGUUUUCGAGUCCCCGGGGAGGCGCUUUCGGCCGGAGAAGAUCUGCGUGAUUCUGCGGGGCCUCCCGGGGUCCGGGAAGUCGCACGUGGCGCGGCUGCUUAGAGACCUCGAAAACGAGGCCGGCGGGCAGAAGCCGCGAGUGCUGAGCAUCGACGACUACUACAUGACCGAGGUUACGGAGGAGAAGACGGACGAGCGAGGCGUGAGGAGGAAGGUGGCCGUCACGAAGUACCAGCACGACGCCGAGAUGGAGGAGGUGUGCUUGAGCCGGGACACCCACAACUGGGGUGCGGAUAGGCUGAGCGACAUGCGCGCCAAGUGGGAGCCUACUCCGGACCACAUGAUCCUCAUGGACGUCAAGAAGCUUACGGGCGAGGUGUCUACAAUCGAUGAGGUGGACAUGUCCGACGGAGCGAGCGACGACGAGGACAUGAAGGACGACAUCGGCGACGCAGACAGCAGCGGUGCCGCGGCCGAACCCGCCGCCGACAUUGCCGCCAACACCAAGCCGGAAAAGGAGACGGCCGAUUCACCAGGCGAUGAGGGCGUGAACGGUGGCAGCGGCGGGACCGUUGAGACCGCUGGCAGCGGCGGCGGCGGCGGCGGCUCGCUGCAGGACCGGGGGCAGACGGCGGGACAUCAACGAGAAUCAACACCGAGAUCGACCGGCAGCAGCAGCAGCAGCAAGAGCAGCUCAGAAAAGUCGACAGCAACAGCAAGGAGGUGGGAAGAAGACAGCGACAGCGACAGCGACGGCGACGGUACAGGAGGAGGAGCGUUCUCCGAUUUUUUCUCGGACGGCCCCCCGCAGAAGAGCCUGAUGACGGGCUAUGGCCUGGAAGAUGAUGACGAUGAUGACGACGAGAGCAGUGACGAUGACGACGAUGCUGCUGCUGCUGCUUCUGCUUCUGCUUCUGCGAGACCGGCGAAGUCGGUCUCCUGGGCGGAUCCGGUGGACGACUCCGGGGAGACAACGGGUCUAGGGCAAGGCGCGGCGAUCGGCAGCGGCGGUAGUGGCAGUGAUAGUGGUAGUAGGAGCGGCGGGGCCCGUCAGGCUGGAGGAGCGCCUGGCACCGUCCUGAUGACGGCAUCGUCGUCGUCGUUGCCAGCAGCGGGGGGGGCGGGGGGGGGAGACGACGACGAUGGAGCGGGACAAGGGUUCCAGAUUGGCGCGGUCCAUCUCUACAAGAAGCAGCAAGAGAAGCGGGAGACGGAGGAGAGACGAAAGCGGUUCCGGCAACAGGUGGUGGAACAGCAGAGAGACUUUCGGCGUGCGCUAACGCGCAACACGGGGCCGUGAGAUAGGCGCCGCCAGCGAUGUUUUUUGUGCUGCCCUGUCGUCUCUCGAGCAGUAGUGGUGGGGUGUUUUUGUUUGCUGUGGCUGUUCUCUUUCGUCGGUGGCCUUGUGGCGUACGGACCAGAGCAGAGCAGCACCUGCAGCGGUUGUCAGUGUGCGCGUGUGGGUUGCCCCCUCCCCCCCUCCCUCCCUCCACGUGACGCCAUCACCCUCGGUCCGCCGCGGCUUGUGGUGCGGUACUACACAGAGAGGGCGGGUGGGUUUCUCGGACAGACCGACGACGGCCCGAUUUUAGCUUUGUUGUGGAGAUAGGUGCCUUGUAGCAUAGGUGGAACGGAGUGAGUCACUAUCUUGAGAUGUUGUGUCCCAGCCUUGCCCCGUGGUAUACACAAAGUUCGGAGCUAUCUGCCCUUCCUGCGGUUGGUUCUCAUCGAGGAGUCUGCUUCGAUGGAGACGCCAACCAGAGUCGUAGUUCGUGUAUUCCAUGUGCGAUUGCCACCGGCUUGCGUGCAGACCUUGAUUCGACUAUGUAGGAGACUAAUAGUGUAGCGUGCAACUGUCGUAGAAGAGGAGGAGGAGGAGGCGGCAGCAGUAGAGCCCACCGUUUGCAAGGGUGCGGUGGUACCUGCCCUAGCGCUUCGCCCGGGGCGUUUCGGCCACCAUGGUUUUGGAUGGGAUGGGCGUGUAAGUGUAAGUUUGUAGGCCGACUAUAUUUUUACCACUGGUUGGCGCUUGCUGUGUGGGAAAAGAAAGCUCUUGCCUCUAGUCUGUCACGAAAAAACGCCUCUGUUGUUACUGUUGUGCGUGUAGACUGGACGCUCGUUUCGUUGUUUUUGCUUUUGUGACGAUGUCGGAGCCGGGCGUUUUUGUCAGCGUCUCGGCUCCGGGAGCGAUGACGGGUCGUGGGUGGUGUAUGCGUCGUCGGAGCAGGUUGUAACUACAACGCCUUCAGGU